AUGUUUGUUAUGACUUGUGCUGGCAGUGAUUAUGACAAGUCCUGGUAUCGCGGGCUGCAUUUACCUACCCAACUUGUAAAUCACAGCUCAAGGUUCAGUCAAGAUUAA